UUCGCAUGUCCCGUCGUCUGCUAGCACGAAAGAUCCACAACUAUAGUGUUGUAGUGUUUAGGCAUGGUGUUAGUUGCAUCUUUUACUAUAAUGCAUUAAAUUAUUAUAUUACGGUUGAAUACGGGGGCUUCUCCUGAAAAUGGGAAUGGAUCAAUUGAUGCUGCUUGUGGCCGCAGUACAUCUUCUGUAUUGUCCGUUCACGAAAGUCGAAGAAAGUUUUAAUUUGCAAGCUACGCAUGACAUACUGUAUCAUCGAGAUAAUAUUAACGAGUAUGAUCAUCAUGAGUUUCCAGGAGUUGUGCCACGAACGUUUCUGGGACCACUCGUAAUAUCCCUUCUUGCAUCACCAAUUGUAGCAGUUAUCAAUGUGUUGGGCUUCAGCAAGUUUUAUGCCCAGUUUGUAGUACGAGCUGUUCUUGGGUUGUGCGUUAUUGGUGCUUUCCGGAUGUUCCGUCAGACCAUCCAGUUGGUAUUUGGGCAACAAAUGACAAAUUGGUUUGUUGCAAUAACUGUAACUCAAUAUCAUUUCAUGUACUACCUCAGUCGACCAUUGCCAAACAUAUUAGCACUUCCAUUAGUACUGCUUGCAUUACAGAGUUGGAUCAAACAGCAACAUGCAAAAUUCAUCUACUUUUCUGCUGCUGCUAUUAUCAUAUUUCGAGCAGAGCUUGCUAUGUUCUUGGGCAUUUUAUUGCUAAUUGAACUGGUCAACAAGCGAAUUCAUCCUCUGAAGAUGUUGAAACUUGCCAUACCUGCUGGCUUAGUAUUCCUAAGCCUCACUGUUGUUGUAGAUUCAAUAUUCUGGAACAGAUUACUUUGGCCUGAAGGAGAAGUUCUCUUUUUCAACACUGUUUUGAACCGCAGCCAUGAGUGGGGUACUUCACCAUUUCUCUGGUAUUUCUACUCUGCAAUUCCUCGAGGAAUGGGAUGCUCUGUGUUCCUUGUUCCCUUAGGAAUAUACUAUGAACCUCGUGUGAGAAAGAUAUUGCUGCCAGCAAUUGCCUUUGUCUUCCUCUUCUCAUUUCUACCACAUAAGGAACUACGCUUCAUCAUCUAUGUGUUUCCAUUACUAAACUUGACAGCUGCAAGCGCUUGCCACAGAAUUUUUGAGAAUCGUGGCAAGUCAUCUUUCCACAGCUUCCUGGCAUUUGGUGUGUGCUGCCAUCUAGUUCUAAAUGCAGUGUUCUCUGUGUUCCUACUAUGUAUCGCAGGAGCAAACUACCCAGGUGGAGUUGCCAUAUCACGACUUCAUCGCCUGGCAAAGGAUGAAUCAUUUGUAUUUGUACAUAUUGAUGUGCUGGCAGCACAGACAGGAGUUUCAAGGUUUACACAGGACAAUCCCACUUGGAGGUAUAGUAAAGCUGAAAAUAUAACAAGUGGCAGUAAGGAAAUUAUGGUAUUCACACAUUUGCUCUUAGAAGCAAGGAGUAAAUACUCUCAAAAUUUAAAACCAUAUUCAAGGACUCAUGAUAUUUUAGAUUCAGUAGAAGGUUUCUCUCACAUAGCCUUCAAUUAUAAUACCUUCCCCCCAAUUAGAAUUAAAACAAAACCCAUGAUAUUUAUUCUGAAAAGAAAGGAAGUGAAACUGAAAUAUAUAGAAAAUGAAUUAUCCACUGAUACAGAAGAAGUGCCAUUUGAUAUAGACAUUUUAAAGACUGAUUUAGGCCAAGUCUUGACUAGUGAAACUGAAAAUGUUUUAGAAGUGGGUGGAAUAGAUGAAACCUUAGAACUAGGAGAUGAAAUUUCACAGUUAUUAAAUGAUAUGGAUGAUGAUAUUUUUGUCAGGCCAGUAAUACAUGAUAAUGAAGAUGAACACAUGGAAUCUCCUCUCAUAGACCUGAACAUAGAACCUACUGAAGACAUAGAAGAAGAAGUGCAGCUGUCAAAGUUGAUGCGCAUGUCGAGGGAGGAGUUGAUAAAGGAAUUAAACAGAGCACAGAAUAAAGCAAAAAUAUAUCCAAAGUCAGGAACUGUAAAAAGCAAUAUCAAGAAAAUUAUAAGAGAAUAUAAAGCUCUUGAAUAUGGAAAACAAGUGAAAGCUGAAGGAAGUAUGUAUGCAGACUUACCACCAGAUGAGAAAGUAAAACAUGAUGAAUAUGUAAAAGUGCAUGAAGCAGAGUUCUCUACAACCAGUGAGGAGAAUUACAGUGACAUUCAUGCUAAAAGUGAACAAGUCACUAAGAAACAAGUACUUGAAAAAUACACGGAAACAGAUAUUCAGCAAAAAACAGAUCCUGUAGCAGUUCCCGUUGAAAUGGAGGCAAAAAUUUCAUCUCUGCCUCCUGAGAAUUUAACUAGUGAAGAACAUCAUGACAUAGUAUCAGAGAACAGCAAGAAAGCUAUAAAGAAAAUAAAGAAAUAUAAAGUGUUAGAUCAAAGCACGGAUGAAGAAUCCUCAACGGUUAUUGACAAUAUAACAGUACAGAGAAAAAAACCCAUACAGAAAAUCAGACUUGCCAAACAAAUAAUCCAAAAAGAUGUGUUACGACAAGAAACAGAAUAUUUAGAGGAAACUAGAGAACCUAAAAUAAUGUCCAUGUCUACUGAAAACCAAACUGUAGAAAAUGAAAAUAUUGAAAAAAAAGGUGGGAAAAAAACCAAUAAAGAUAUAAAUGAAAUUAUUUUAGAAUUUAAUAAUGAUCUAACAAAUCCAAAUGAAAAUCUAAAGGAUUCAGAAAGUGGGACCACUGAGAAUCAACCCCAUUUACAAAUUUCCAAAACGAAAAAGUCUGGUAAGAAGGUUCUUAAAGAAGUGGAUGAAGAAUACAAUGAUACAGAAAUUAGUACAGGAGAAUUUACAGCACAUGUACCUGAUGAGGAGACUGCCAUGUCUAAGAUUAGAAGGAAAACUGUUGUAAGAAACCUUAAGAAAGAAAAACUUAUUAAAGUUUCUGAUCACAUAUAUCACACACCUCUGUCAUCAAAUCAUGCAAGUAAUGAGGAUCAGACAGACAAAUUAAAUGCUGCAGAUGCACAUAGACAAGAGAACGACAUGCGAACUUCUGACAGUAAGGACACAGUUGCAGAAUAUGAAGUGCAACACACAUCUGCUCAAGAGACAACUGCUGUGAAUAAUGAAAUAGAAUGGCAGGAAGGUGAGAAAAUGUCUGAUGAAAUAAGCCCAAAGAUAAGCACUAAAUAUUCUGCUCAACCUCCAAAAAUGUCAGUGAAAGAAAUCAAUAAACUUACAAAACAAAUAAUGAAAAAUGCAGUUCAGCCAGAUGAACUGCCUUUUGAAGAUUUAACAGAACCAGAAAGACUGCCCUCUACAGACGAGUCCAUAAUGGCGGAUGAUGAGAUAACACCAAUUUCAGAAUCUAGAGAAGACAUAAAGUUAUCCAAAGCACUGACAAAAGACACAGAAACUAUCCAAGAUGAGCACAGAACUGAAAAUGAUGAAACAGUAGAAUAUGAAGAUAUAGCAAAACGCAAAUUAGAUGAAGUUAUUCCAGUGUGAUGCUGUUUGGUGUGUGAUAUCAUGCAAUCAGAAAUAAGUGCAGCAGAAAAAUGAAAAGUGCCUUAAAGAGAUCAUAUUACAGCUCAGCUUUAAGUAUUAUAUGACAUUAUGAUCUAAAAUACCUCAAAAUCACCCUUAAUACUGUAUACUUUUUUUAAUCUGAUGUUAAAUAGAUGUAAUUACUAUGACUGUACACCGUGUCAAAGAUUUUCUUGGAUUCUUUUUACAAUACAUGGUGUGUUAACAGUGAGAGAAUGUAAGGAGUUAGAUAUAAAUCAUUCUGCCAAAGAAGUCAUUGUGUGCAUGCAGAAUAUUCAUUGUCAAACUGUGUGAUUCAGCUGGCUGAGCAUUGAAUUUAAUCAGUGCUAAUGAUAUUACCCUCCAAUUAAAAAUAAAGAUAAAAAAGAAUAACACAUACUUGAAAAUAAUAAUAAACUAUAUGACAAAAAAGAAAACAAAACUUCAUUCUUUUCUUUAAUAAUGAUUAUUUUAUCUGAGCCUUUAUUAUUUAUUAUAAAACUAAGUUACCUUAGGGAUAACAGCACUAGACAUAUAGAAAGCAAGAAAUUUAAAAUCCCCUAUUCCCUAACAAAUCAAUCCCCCCCUGAUUAAAACAUGGUCAGCACCCUUGUAGCAAGAGGAAAUUUAAAAUCCCUAUUCCUGGACACUAAGGUUAAGUAUCCUAAAAAUAACACUUUGAUUUUCAAUAUAAUUGCACACCCUUAAGAUCUUCCAUACUGUCAAGGUUCAUGCUUCUAGAGCAUGUUCCAAAUCUCACAUCUAAUGUGUCUGUGUACAGAAACUUCGCAACAGAUUUGGACACUUCAUUUCAUACUUUGAGUACAUUAAGAAAAAAUUGGACAUAUUUCAUCAAAAAGAGGAUCAUGCACAAAGGAGAAAAUGAACUAGGCAGCAGCAUGCCUAGAUAUACAGCCACCAUUUGAGCAUAAAUAAUGCCUAUGCUUUACAUGCAUCUUAGCAUUCUCCAUUUAAAUAAGCUGUUAAGAUAGAAAGCAUUUUGUCACAUGUAAUGUCUACUGUCUAAAAACAAAGAUUAAAAUUCACAAAAUUAUAACUUGGCCUACUGUACAGGGUUUGUCCGAAAAGUAAUGUCAGUGAGUCGAUUAAAAACAUUUAUUGAUUAGAUCGGUAGAACACAUUAAAAGGCUUCAAAAUAGGCCCCUUCUGCGUCGAUACAUCACUUCCAGCGAGAUUUCCAGGCAUCGAAGGUGUCAUGGUAGGCCUCCUCUGAAAUGUCCUUUAGAGCCUUGGUGCAAGCCUCUUUGACUUCGUCAACUGUCCCAAAAUGUCCUUUCAUGGGAGUUUUCAAGCACGGAAACAAAAAGAAGUCUGGGGGGAGCCACGUCAGGACUGUAGGCCAGCUGGGGAACCGCUGGCACCUUAGAAUCGGUCAGGAAGUGGGUCACGAGGAAGGCGGUGUGGGCUGGCGCAUUUUCAUGGUGAAGUUUCCAAUCGUCCGCGAUGUCGGGCCGGAUGUGAUGAACCCUUCGUCUGAGUCUCUUUAGCACUUCCACGUAGAAUUUGGCGUUGAUGGUUGUACCAUGUGGUAUAAACUCAUGGUGGGCAAGCCCCCUGAUGUCAAAGAAUACAAUGAGCAUGACCUUAACCUCUGACUUGCUCAUUCUGGCCUCCUUGGGGUGAGGGGAUGCCGAGGUGUGCCACUCAGCACUUUGCCUUUUUGUUUCGGGGUUGUACUCAAACACCCAAGUCUCGUCACCUGUGAUGACAUUGUCUAAAAAGUGAGGGUCACUUUCACACAAGUCCAAAAGUUCUUGGCACGUUUCAACUCUGCGCAAUUUUUGGUUGUCCAUUAACACUUCGGGCACCAGCUUUGCGCACACUUUUCGCAUCUGCAAAUUGUUCGUCACAAUUUCGUGAACGGUGCUUUUUGGAAUGUUUAAUGUCUGUGCCAUUAAACGAACACUCAAACGACGGUAUGAGUUCAAAAGUUCUCUCACACGCGUCACAUUUUCGUCGGUGGUGAUUGUUGAUGGCCGUCCAGCGUGGGCUUCAUCGCCGACCUCUCCACGGCCUUCUGAAAAGGCCUUGUGCCACCAGUAGACCUGAUGUUCCAACAAUCAUCAUCGAAGGCCGUCUUUAUCAUGGGAAAAGUUUCCACUGCAGACUUGCCAAGUUUCACAACAAACUUGAUGGCAAUCCUUUGUUCCAAGGAGCGCUGCAUUGCGGCUUGCACGGAAGACAAAAACGAGUUUCACGGAAAAGCCCUUUGUCACUUUCAGGAAGUUCGGAGACGACUAAGCGACCGCGCGUUCAUAAGCUGACUUCCCCCUCCACCGAUCCCAACCGGUCUGAGCACGCUGCGACGUAUAGUCACUUCACAAUAAAAUCACUGACAUUACUUAAUCUCUCAUAUUAAAGAAAGAACCCAGACUAGGGGUGUUUGAGAACAGGGUGCAGAGAAUAUUUGGCCCCAGAAGGGAGGAGCUAGGAUGAGGUCAGACAGAACUGCAUAAUGAGGUGUCUCAUAAUUUGUAGUCCUUGCCAAACAUUUUCUCACAUAGUUUAUGUAAUAAUCCUUUUAUUAUUGAAGUUAUAUAGUGCAACAUGGUAGGAUGACAGAUGUAUGACAUGGAAGGGAAGUGGUUGUGUCCUCAUCGAGGUACUGUCCCAGAAUUUGCCUGGAAGGACUAAGAAAAGCCACAAAACCCUAAACAGGAAGGGCAACUAUUGUCCUGGCCAAGAUACAAAGAAGCACCUCCUGAAUACAAGUUUAGGGUGUUACCUCUAAACCAACCUGUCUCAUUUCCUGAAUAAUAAUAGGAUAAGCAAAUCAAGGAGGAUGAGAUGGGCAUGGCAUGUAGCACACAUGGGAGAGAAGAGAAAUUUAUAAAAAAAAAAAAAAAGGUAAAAGAGGUUUCUUAGAAGGCCAAGGUGUAGAUGGGAGAAUAUCAAAAGGGAUCUUUAAGAAAUAGGAUGGGAGAUGGAUCCAUCUGGCUCAUUAGGGGCCAGUGGUAGGAACUUGUGAACGUGGUAAUUAACAUUUUGGUUCCAUGAAAGGCUGGACAUUUUUUGACUAGCUGAGUAAUUAUUACAUUAAUCCAUAGUCAGUUAUAUAAAUACAAUGAAAACAACAGCAGAGAAAUUUCACCACCAAGAGUCUGUGUGCAUUCCUCUGGAAUUCUAACUAGUACUUGACCAGCCCACAUUAGCCUCACUAUAUUAAAUGGCCUAUAUAAAUCACUGAAGUUUCUUGUGAUAUUCCAGUUCACUUCACAAACUAUAAACCAAAACAAAUUCAGAAUUAUGUGGAGAACUGCUCCUAAGAGUUCCACAAACCCCAAGAGUGCAAUGCAUAUUAAAUGAGUGUUUAUCAGAUUAUUAGGCUACAUUCUGCUCUGUUUCCUGGAAAUGCCAUAAAACACCCAAGUCUGAAAAGGCAAAUGUCUUUUCUAUAGGAUACAAAGAUCUGGGUUUCAGCACACCCAGGCAAUUUUUUCCAAUAUUGUAUUACUUCAUGUACUAUAUUCAGCAUUUCAGUGCCCUUGAAUGUUUAUUCAAUUUGUGCCCAUAAUGAAUCCUGUUGAAAUUUGACACUUAAAUGUCACACAUGUCACAUUACAGAGCUGCAGAUGUACUAGAAUCAGCAGCAGUAAUAAAAGUGUCACCCAUUUACAGACUUCCACUACAACCUGUGAUGAGUUUCUUAUUCAGUUUGUCAUAUGUUCAAAAUUAACCUUUAUUAUACAGGAAUAGGAGUUCCAAAUCCCCCAUGAUUAUGGGCACUGGCAACCAGAUAUAGCUUGGAGUACCAGACAUUGUGGAUGAAUCACUAAUAUUCCUGUUUCAUAUCUGACAGUUCCUGGGUUUAAGUCUCUUCCCAUGACCACCUAUCCUGAGGUUUCCUAUGGUUUCCUCAGUCCCUCCAGACAAAUGUUUGGACAGUACCCCAAAUUAGGCCAAGCCUACUUCCCUCUACAUCUUUCAUUACUCACUAACCAACAACUGAAUGCUAUAUAACCAAAAUUAAAGACACUGUUCUUAACCAAAUGGUAAAUAAACUCAAGAGAUAUUUGUAUUGAAAAGAUAUAAUGCUGAGCUUGCUGAAUCGUGUGCAUGCACCAUUACAAUAGUGUGACAAGGAAAUGCAUAAACUAUUAUCAGAAUGAACAAUGUGUUGAUGGAUACACACUGUAGCUGCUUUUUCUUUUGCUGCUAGUAAUUCCUUAAUCACAUGUAUGCUGUCCCAUACAUAAUCCCAUCUGUAAGAUAUUAAAUUAUCUUGGCAUAUUUUGUAGAAUUAAAAUCAUGCUCUUAAAAGAUAAAAUACAAUAUUUCUUGAUAUGUAACCAUAAUUCUGAGUUACUUUUUCAAAGCUAUACAAUAGACACGACAGUUAUAGAAACAUCCGUCUCUAAGGAUCUUUCUGCUGGAAUAUACCAGAAGCACACUUUAUUAAGAACUUAAUCCAGAUUUUUAUACUAUUAAAUUAAUUCAGAAUCAUAAUUUAUAAAACGGCCAGUGCAACAGAAAGGGUAAACCAAGCACUCACCAUCAAGGAUGGUAUAUUUUGCAACUCCCAUUUUUAUAUUUUUCUUAAAUGAAAAUAAUUUCAGUGGCUCUUUUGUUGCUAUAGUGAUCAUUAAUUGGCAGUAACCAAACCAGGUUAUGCAACACUAAAUACUAUUGUUUUAAAAAUUACAGCACCAAUGAUGGUUUCCAUCAGUAUCUGGAAAUUUGGCAUUACUAUGAUGUUUUAAGAAAAUUUAUCUGUUUUAACUGAGGGACGGCAGUGGAAUUCUAGUUACCUGCGGAAGCACAUAAGCUUGCGCCAGCCCUGACCACAGGAAUCUCCUUUUCAGGGGGGGGAGUCAGAUUAUAUUUGUACAGUACUACUACUUUGAAGGAACAUCAUCUAUUACAUAUAUGAAAACUGUACCUGAAUCAUGUAAUGAGUAUGUAAAUGAUUAAAGCAGGAUAUUUAAAUAUUA